GUUGUCAUGUUUUUUCAGGAGAGUUUCAAUAGUGAAGGAAAUUGCUAGUGUUGGCAACUCGAGUGAAUGAUUUUUGGGCGUGAAAAUCUACUGGAUGGUUGAUCUGAUUCUGAUGAAAAUGGAAAUAACCGAAGUUGAAAUGGACGGCUAUGACAGCCAAGGAUGUCUCCAUGAGAUGUUUCGGAGACAAGCGAGGAAAACUACCGAUAAUUGGGCAGAUUAUAUGAACUUUAGAGAUCUUGAUUAUGGGAGCGACUGUUUAGCAGUAAAACUUGGACAGUGUGGAGUGGGAGUGAAUACGGUGGUUGGAAUAUUAAUGCACAGAUCUUGGGAGUAUGUUGUCUCCGUUUUGGGCAUACUGAAAGCUGGAGCGGCCUACUUGCCUCUCGAGGUAUCUUACCCUCAGCAUCUACUGGAUUCUUUACCAAAAGAGACUUUGUUGAUCGCUUCCACAAAAUGGAGAAGAGUCGUGUAAUUGACAUGAAUGGGUUUAAAUAUAGUCAAUAUAUCACAUUGGAUGAUUAUCGCAAUAAGAUGACACCGGCCUCAGUGCCAGUUUCACUGGAUGAUAUGGCCUGCAUUGUCUACUCCUCAGGAACAACUGGCAAGCCAAAGGGCACUCGAUUCACUUACAGAGAUGCCUUAUUCUCUCAUACGUGGAGGCACAGGGCUUAUCCCUAUAAGCAUGAUGACCGAGUGGCAGUUCGCUCUGUAUGGGACAUGCUCGGACCAUUAAUCAAAGGAAUGUAUUCUUACUUGAUCCCAGACGAUGUAAUCCAUGACCCCAAGAGAUUGGUUGAUUACCUCCAUCGGAGGAAAAUAACUCAAGUACUGUUCACUCCGUCAUUGCUGCAAGCGGUUUUGGAACUCCAAGGCAUGGAUUUGAAAGAAAAGCUUAAAUCUGUCAGGCAAAUCUGGUUGCAUGGAGAAGUGGUUACAACAAAACUGCGGGACAAGUUGUGUCACUUGUUGCCAUGGAUACAACUGCUCAACCUCUACAGAAUUUCCGAGUGUCUUGAUGUGGCCAUUGCUGAUAUUUCGCUAUCAGUGGCAACAGGAGAGGCGGGAAAAUAUUGUCCCGUGGGUAAAUUGCUUCCAAAGGUUCAUGCUGUCAUCAUGGAUGAACACCAAAACGUCAAAGCUAUUGGAGAACCUGGAGAGAUCUACAUAGGCAGUCCAACACUGGACUUGAACCAACCUGGCCUGAACGCGACACGCUUGAUAGAGCGACCGGCGCAUGUGAGUGCGUGUGUGGGGCAGAGACUGUACAGGACCGGCGACUGGGGAUUCCUGCUCAGCGACCGCACCCUGCACAUACAUGGUCGUUGCGACACCACUGUGCGCAUUCGCGGAUACUCCGUCCAACUGCAGGCUAUAGAGAGGACAUUACUAGAUGUGGCGAUGGUGAGUUCAUGCUGUGUGCAGGCAUAUGGAGAGGAAGGCACUGACAAGUAUCUAGUCGCUUACGUUGUUCAAGAACCUUCAACCAAAUUGAAUGUUGGUGAAGUGGGCCAAGCACAGAACAAACUGCGCAAUCUGCUCAAAGAGAGGCUGCCUCUCUACAUGAUACCGUCCAAAAUCAUCCUUCUUGACAAAUUUCCGAUUCACAAGACUAGUGGUAAACUGGACAAGGAGAAGCUAGCUGAAAGCGAGAAGGGUGUUGAGCCAGGCUCGCUUCACUUGGAUGACCAGAGCAUGUCACCUACUGAGAAACUCAUUGCAUCGGUCUGGUGCAACUGCUUGAAUCUGAUGACAGUCGAUGUUAGCGAGAACUUUUUCGACUUGGGAGGACAUUCAUUGGCAGCCACUAGAGUAGUGAGUGAAAUCAAUGAGAAACUCAAUAAAAACCUGGACACCAGCUCAAUAUUCUUGUACCCAACUGUACAGAGUCUGGCGAAAUUUGUGCUGGGAAAUGGAGGCAGUGAGAAUAUCAAGUUGGUUGAAGAGUUGGACUCCAUUCAGAUGUCUUACCCCUCAGACCUUGAUUCCAAACUGAGAGCCUUCAGGGAAUCAUUGAAAUUGAAUAAAAAUAAGUGCAAUUUUGGAAAUAUUCUAAUAACUGGUGGAACAGGAUUUCUCGGAUCACACUUGAUCAGUGAACUGCUUAAAAAAACUCAGGGUCUCAUAUACUGCAUUGUUCGCAAGAGUCCAACAUGCUCAGCAAUGGAGAGAGUGAUUGAGGCUCAGAAACGUUUUGGAUUGCCUGAAGUCGAUGAAAACCUUAUGAAGAGAAUUAUUGCUAUUGAUGGUGACGUAUCUCUGCUGAAUCUGGGCCUCUCAGAUGAUGCCUACAAUUCCCUCGCACAAGAAAUUGACUUUAUUAUUCAUGCGUCAGCUAAAGUCAAUCUGAUAUUUCCUUUUCACUCGCUCUACAAGGAUAAUGUGAAGGCCACCAAAAAUAUCAUCCAGUUUGCUCUACACAACAAAGUCAAGCCCAUACAUUACAUAAGUACAAAUGCAGUAUUCUUUGACAGUAUGUUGGGUUGCGGUGAGGACAGUGACAUGUUUGCACAUUUGGAUCGUCUUCAAAGUGGUUACGGCCAAACUAAAUGGCUGGCCGAGCAACUUGUGUUGCAAACUGCUAAAUAUGGAUUUCCAUGUGUUGUUUACAGAUUUGGCAAUCUAUCAGGCAGUACUAAGGUAGCCAGUUGUAAUCCGUCAGAUUUCACUCUGUACAUGAUCCAGGGUGUCAUCAGAACUGGGGCAGUGCCUGACAUUAAAUGGAAGAUUGAAAUGACGCCAAUUGAUUUUGUACAAGAAAUGUUUGUGGAGUUGUUUUUGGAUCUGGAUAACUCAAUGGGAAAAAUCUACCAUUUUGUGAAUGAGGACCAGCUUCCAUGCGAGGAAUUGUGGAAACUAAUGGAGAGAAGGGGCUACAAUUUGAAAUCACUGCCUUACAACGACUGGGCCAAACAAGUGCAUGCCAACGAAGACUUGAAACCUCUGUCACAUCUACUUCAAUCCCUGGUCAAGAAUGAAAAUUACUUCACCAAUCUGGCUGAAUUGAAAAGAGAGAGACUGAAUUGUUUUAUUGAAAAGAGAAAGGUGACAUACCCGGUAGCCGAUGCUGAGCUCUAUAGCAAAUACCUUGACCAUCUCCACCAAUUGGGAUGUAUUCCUGUUGCCGCUAAUAGUCCCAGUAAGUCAGAAGCUAGUGCAGAGAUUGACACAGAUCUGAGCGGUAAGAUAGUUUUGGUGAGUGAAGCUUCCUCGGAUAUUGGAGCCGCCAUUGCUGAGAAGCUGGCUCUGUGCAAUGCAAAGGUCGCCAUGUUUGCUGCAAAUUUUGAGCAACUGGAAAAUUUGAAGAAAAAAUUGCAGCAGGCUGGAGCUAGCCAUGUGCUUGCUAUGAAAGUUGAUGUCACUAGUUCGAGUGAGGUGAAAAAUGCAGUCGAAAUCAUUGAAAAUUGUUGGGGUCCAGUGGAAAUUCUAGUGGACAAUGGCAACUGCAUGUAUUAUCAGGUGAUGAAGAACUGCGACGUUGCCAAGUGGUGCAAGAUGGAAGAUGUGAAUGGCAAGGGAUCGCUCAAUUGUCUGGCAGCUGUUGUUGGAGGCAUGGCUGAGAGGAAAAGUGGCCGCAUUGUCAAUAUCACAUCAGAUGCUGGCAAAGUUGUGAUGGAAAAAUUUGAUUUUUCUAGUAGUGUGGAGACUCUGAACCCAUCAGAUGUGGCUAAUGCAGUGGUAUCUGCCCUCAAGCAGCCAUUUUCAUGUUCAAUAUUGAAGUAAUCAACAGGCACCUACUCAAUAUUUCACUUCUAUUGGCACAUUAUUCAUAACAAUAUACUAGUGAUUUCCACCAAGGAUCUAUUAUCAUAAUAUUAGUCUUAUAUCCAAAGUGAAGUAGGUACUCCUUUUUGUAGGAACCAAUAAUCUUGUCAUCGAAGACUUUUUCAUAGUUUUUCUACUUUUCCAUUGGAAUGAUUAAUUUUUUGAUUGUUACAUGUGCAGGCCUUUAAAUAUUUUCAAUUAUAUUUUUUGUUUUGAUUGAUGUGAAUCACAAAUUGUUGUGUACACUUUAGUAUUGUAGAAGUGGGGGUAAAAUUUGUUGAAAUAUAUUACCUGCUCAAUAUUCCAUAAUAAAUGAAUUCUUGAUGUUACAAGGGAUUAUUACAAUAUAAAAUACUGAAAAUCGUAAUAUCAUAUUCAUUUUCUAAAUAAAAAUAUCAAAAUUAGUAUUGUAGUUGAAAUAAACUCAACAAAAAUGUUGUAACUUAUACUGAUACAAUUCGAAACUUUUCUUUAUUUCACUUUUAUAUCAGUUAUUAAUUGUUACUAUAUUAUUAAUGUCUAUUCUAUAAUUUGCUACAGUAUUUCCAAUGACUUCUUAUUCUAAUUUGGUUGUCUUAGUUUGAAUUACAAAUUAUUGAUUAUAAUUUUGUAGAAGUAGUGGUAGAAUUUGUUGAAAUUUCAGACCUGCUUGAUUUAUCAUAGACAUAAUUCUUUAACAUAAAGUAUAGUAAAUCACUCACUAAUAUUUCUAUUAGUAAGUUGACGUAUUCCUUUAAGAUUGAACUCUAUAAUCCUCAAAUAAAAUGUUA